AUGGAAACAGAGAUAAAUUUUGAUAAAUCUGGUCAUGAAGGAAAGGAGAUAUUAGGGAAUUUAAGACAGGAUACUAUAGAGGUAUCUUUGGAUGGAUAUAGUCAUGAAGAAAGGAAUUUCUGUCAUAUUAAUGAGAAACUUGACCAAAACUUUAGCUUGGAAAGCAGUUUUAGACAAGAUGAAGGAGGAGAAGAUGUAAUUACACUUGGAAAUAACGUAACUGGGGUGAAUAUAAAUGUACCUACUGGAAUACAAAAGGAUAUUGAAAAGGAAGAAAACGAGGAAAAAUACAUAAAUAACAAGGAUAACAUAAAGGAAAAAGAUAGAGAAGAAGAAGAGAUGAAUCCUAACAAGAAAGCAAGUGAAUGGAGAAAUGAGCUACUUUCAUUUCCACAAUUAUUUAACCAAGUAUUUUUAUCUUUAUAUAGAUUUAAUGAGUACAUUGAUCAGAGAUGGUCAGUAUUAGACGAAAGCCAUAAUAGAUUAUAUAACUUAUUACUAGAGUUAUCCAAGGCUAAUAGCAGUACAAAUAAUUUGAUAGCAAAUAAUUUUGAUAAUAUAUUUAUUGUUGAAAAAUAUAUACAUAAUAAAUAUGUAACUCCUAAAUCUAAAAGAAUUGAUAAUAUAAAUAACAGUAGCAAUAAUGACAAUAAUAAUAAUAUUAACAAUUUAAGAGUUUAUUUUAGAACAGUCGGUAUAUAUAUACCAGGUACCGAAUUUAAUUGUGAGAAUAUAGCUCAUGAGAAUGAACAUAAGAUGAGACUAUAUGAAGAAAUAUACAACAGAUUUCAAACAUGCAAAAAUGACAUAGAAAUCACUUUUGAGAGGAAAUUUGAAAUGAUAGCGGAACUUGACUCUAGAAUUAAAAGAAUUGUAUUUUCUAUGGAGAAAUUUGUUAAUAAUAACCAGUGCCUACUGGAGUCCCAUACAAAGCCAUUAUAUAACAUAGAUAAAAGUGAGAUAUGUGAGAUUGGCAUAGUUAAAAGAAAAACUGGUGUUAGAGGAAGGCCUCCAGGUUCAGGAAAUAGAGGAAGACCUCCAGGAUCUACUAAAAAGGCUAAAAAGAUUCAAAUUUGA